AUGUUACUUGUGUACGAUCCUUAUCAACAAGCUUGUUCAGGCCAUCAGAAGCUCAAGGUCGAAUCCCGAGAUUACCAAAAUCCUGAGUCCAAGCAAGAAGAAAGCAAUCAGAAAUCCAAGAAGUCCUCAAACCAAGACAACGACCGCCACACGCUCCCACCCAAGGCCAAAACCAUCUCCCAAGCGGACGCCGAGCUUCGCGAACGGCUCGAACAAAUGUCUGGAGCAGGAGGAGCCUGUGGAAUUGAAUACGAAGACGGCAAACCGAAUGCAAUGAAGCGCGGUGUGCGAAACAACAUGUUCCGAUUAAUUUGAAGCAAUCUUCGACAUCGACAUAUCACAAGAACAAACAUUGAUCAUCCAAGUGAGGUCUCACGUCCUCCAAUCCAGGCUUGGCCCCAUAUGCCAAGACACGUGGGAAAGGAAUGUUCUCGGUCACCGUUCCCUUCCGGCCCCGGCAGUUACAGACAUCCAUCAGGACCCCAGACUUCUUGAACUUUGUUUCCGACAACAUAAAUGAGGGUGCCCAGGCUUGGCUUCGAUUGAAUUCGCCUAAUUAAUAUUUCGAAUAUGUGCAUGUGACAUUUCUUUGAUAAAGAUAAAACGGUC